UGAAUCAGACCCUAAGAGUGUUGUUGAUCAUGAGCAUACCGACCCAUCUAUGACAGAAGAUCAUGAAGAUUCAUUGGCAACAAUUAGCUGUCAUAGAAGCAUGUUACAGGAGGUAGAUGCAAAGGCAAAGGGUGUGGCUCCUUCACGACCGAAACAUGUAGUGGUUGGUGUAUGCAGGCCGAAGGAGGUUGAAAGGAAUAGGAUGGAUCUUCCUAUAGUGAUGAUGGAGCAGGAGAUUAUGGAAGCGAUAUAUGAGAAUAUCAGUGUCAUCAUAUGUGGAGAAACAGGGUGUGGUAAGACUACACAAGUACCUCAGGUGAGUUUUUAUAUGAAGCUGGAUUUGGUUCAAAAAGCAGCGGGAAGGAGGUUGGUUUCCAAGUUAGGCAUGACAAGAGGGAUUGGGGACAACUGCUCUAUCAAGUUCAUGACUGAUGGAAUAUUGCUUCGAGAAUUACAGAAUGAUUUUUUGUUGAAGCGAUACUCAACCAUAAUAUUGGAUGAGGCUCAUGAGAGGAGUCUGAAUACAGACAUACUUACUGGGAUGCUAUCUCGCAUCAUAGUCGAACGCCUGAAAAUACAUGAGCAGCAAAAAGCAUAUGAGGCUUCGACAGGAAAGACAAUUAGCCCUGAAAAGAAGAUCUUCCCAUUGAGACUGAUACUGAUGAGUGCCACGAUGCGGGUUGAGGAGUUUGUGUCUGGGGGUAAAAGUAAAAUCUUUGCUAAUCCGCCACCUGUAAUCCAGGUUCCAAGUCGACAAUAUCCAGUGACUACACAUUUCUCAAAGAGAACAGAUGUUGUGGACUACAUUGGGCAAGCAUAUAAAAAGAUUUUGUCAAUUCACAAGAGACUCCCAUCUGGGGGAAUACUUGUAUUUGUCACUGGACAAAGGGAAGUAGAAUACUUGUGUCGUAAGCUGCGUAAAGCAUCUCUUCAGAUCACCAAUAACUCCAACUCCAACUCCAACUCCAACUUAAAUUUAAAUAACAAAGUUGUUGUCUCUCAAGACUUUGACUUGAAGGAGAUCGAUGAAGCAUUUAAGAUGGAGGAACAAACAGAUAAUGAUGAAGGCGAUGAUUGUGAUUUGUCAGAUGAUGAUGAUGAUGAUGAAUCUGAUGAAGAAAGCGAUUUGGAUUCUGUUAAUGAUAACGAUGUGUUAGGGGAAAAUGAAAAUUUUGCUUCACUGAAAGCAGCUUUUGAAGCUUUGUCUGGGAAAAAAACAAGUUGUGAAUCUGAUCCGAAACAAUCAGAUUCAGAAAAGGAAAAGGAAAAGAAGGAUGAUGGGUCCCGUAAGGGUCCUGGUGCAUUGACGGUUUUGCCCCUGUAUGCGAUGCUUCCUGGAUCUGCACAGCUUCGUGUGUUUGAAGAUAUGAAGGAAGGAGAGAGGUUAGUGGUGGUUGCUACUAAUGUUGCUGAAACGUCUCUGACAAUCCCUGGGAUAAAGUAUGUGGUAGAUACAGGAAGGGAAAAAGUUAAGAAUUAUAAUCCUUCAAAUGGGAUGGAAACAUAUGAGGUGCAGUGGAUAAGCAAAGCAUCUGCAGCUCAGCGUGCUGGAAGAGCUGGAAGAACUGCACCUGGCCACUGUUAUCGUCUCUAUUCUUCUGCUGUCUUCAACAACAUAUUCCCUGACUUUUCUACUGCUGAAAUCUUAAAAAUUCCGGUUGAUGGCGUGGUUCUUCUCAUGAAAUCCAUGGGCAUUAAAGAGAUUACAAAGUUCCCGUUUCCUACUCCCCCAGAAGCUAAAGCAUUGGUUGAAGCAGAGGUUUGUUUAAAGUCUCUUGAAGCCCUGGACUCUGAUGGGAAGUUAACGCCUCUAGGAAAAGCUAUGUCACAUUAUCCGAUGAGUCCUCGUCAUUCGCGAAUGCUUCUUACAGUCAUUCAAAUCCUGAACAACAAGGGAAGAGGUUCAUCAACAAGACAAAACUUGAUUCUAGGUUAUGCACUUGCAGCUGCUGCAGCCUUGAGCUUGUCAAAUCCUUUCGUAAUGCAGUUUGAAGGAGGAGAUGGCAAGUCUAGUGAAAAUGUUAUCAUAAGUAAGGAUGAUAAAAAGAAGAAAAAGAAACUCAAAGAAGCAUCCAAAACAUCCCGUGCAAAAUUCUCCAACCCUACGAGUGACGCCUUAACUGUAGCUUACGCCCUUCAGUGCUUCGAACAAUCAGAAAACCCGUUACAAUUCUGCGAGGAGCACUCGUUACACCUUAAAACCAUGGAGGAAAUGUCAAAGCUGAGAAAGCAGCUUCUCCAUUUAGUGUUUAACCAAAAACCAUGUGAUACUGAUACACAAUCACAAUCGGAUCUUUUGUGGAAUCACAGUAGUAUAGAGGAUGUAGAACACGCUUGGAUGGUUUCUACUAAUCCCAACAAUAAGCAUCAGCAUCAACAUCAGCAUCCAUUGAUGUUGAAUGAAGAGGAGCUUUUGGGGCAAGCGAUAUGCGCUGGGUGGGCCGAUAGAGUUGCGAGACGUGUGAGAGGGAUUUCAGGGUUAUCAGAGGAAGAUAGGAAAGUGAGUGCAACAAGAUACGAAGCUCACAAAGUAAACGAAACAGUCUUCCUUCACAGAUGGUCGUCUGUUUCCAGAACUGCCCCUGAGUUUUUGGUUUUCAGUGAGCUUGUGGAGCGUAAGCGGGCGUAUAUACAUGGAGCCACAAGGGUAAAACCGGAAUGGCUUGCGAGAUUUUCUACCUAUCUUUGUAGUUUCUCUGCUCCACUUACAGAGCCUAAGCCAUAUUACGACCCUCAAACCGACCAAGUCUAUAAUUGGGUGAAUACAAGUUUUGGUGACCACUUAUGGCAGCUCCCACUCCACAGUUUGCAUGUGAAAGACGAGAGAGUUGAAGUGAGAGUGAGUGUUUUCUGUUAUGCUUUGUUGGAGGGUAUCGUGUUGCCAUGUGUGAAACGGGUGUGUGAGUUUAUGGCUGCUGCACCUUCGAGCGUGUUGAAGCCGGAGACUGCAGGGCAUAAGAGAUUUGGGAAAAUUAUUUAUGAGUUGAAAAAAAGGAACAUUCACAGUUGUGGCAUGCUAAGGAAGGCCUGGGAUGAAAAUAGAAGAAUACUUUAUCAGCCGCUCUUGGAUUGGUUUCGGGAGGGAUUUGAGUUUGAUGAUUUAUGGGAGGCCAUGCAGCGAGAGGUACGUUUAGAUCCUCAGGAACGCUUUGCCAAGAGAAAAAAAAGUAUGUUGAAGAGAUAAGUUUUGUUGUUUAAUUAUUAGGUAUUGAUUUAUCAGUAUAACAGACAAUUUUGAUAAAAUAUGUUUCCCAACAACCAGAACCUCAUC